AUCUACACAAACAAAAUCAGCUGGCUUUGUUUAUUUCCGAGAUAAGUAACUUCUUGAGCACUUGUACAAGCAGGGUGGACUUUUCUUUUAUUUUCUCUUCCUACAUUACGAGUUUAGUGUCUGACUCUUGAAUUAACCACAACCGCAACUCCAUUAGGAUGGAUAUAAGAUUCAAGAACUUGCUAGAAUAGUGCAUUUUUAUUCAAAUCCAUACCUUUGCUCAUUGAACUCAUUUGCAUCCAGCGUGCACCUCUCCUCAUCAUCAUGGAUGGUCCUGCUUCAACUGACAUUAUGAUCAUCAGUGGCAAUUCACACCCUGAACUGUCAGAUCUAAUUGCUAGCCGGCUUGGUGUGAAGCUUGGAGGAUGUUCGGUAUAUCAUAAAACAAACCGUGAGACCAUGGUUGAAAUCGGUGACUCAGUGCGAGGAAAAGACAUCUACAUCGUUCAGACAGGCACGAAAGAUUGCAACAACGAUAUCAUGGAGCUGUUGAUAAUGGCAUAUGCAUGCAAGACUUCUUCUGCUAAAAGCAUUGUUGCUGUAAUUCCUUACUUGCCUUAUAGCAAGCAGUGUAAAAUGCGAAAGCGAGGCUGCAUUGUUUCAAAGUUAUUCGCAAAAAUGAUGUGCUCAGCUGGUAUCUCAAGAGUCAUUACAAUGGAUCUUCAUCAGAAGGAGAUCCAAGGAUUUUUUGAUUGCCCAGUCGACAAUCUGCGAGCCUCUCCAUUUUUGUUGCAGUACAUUCAAGAAAGCAUUCCAGACUACCGAAACGGUGUAAUUGUGGCUCGCAACCCCGGUUCAGCCAAGAAAGCAACCUCUUAUGCCGAGCGUCUGAGAUUAGGAAUAGCUGUUAUCCAUGGGGAGCAGAAAGAGGCAGAUUCUGACAUGGUGGACGGCAGGUAUUCACCACCCCCUCUACCAAGUUUAUCACGUACCAUGGAAAUGGGUGGAGGAGUCCCACAACAUCCGGCUAAAGAGAAACCACCUAUCAAUAUCGUUGGAGAUGUUAGUGGCCGGAUAGCAAUCAUGGUGGAUGAUAUGAUUGACGAUGUGCAGUCUUUUGUAGCUGCAGCAGAAGUUCUGAAAGAACGUGGUGCCUACAAAAUUUAUGUUCUUGCAACACAUGGUCUUCUUUCAUCAGAUGCCCCAAGUUUGCUGGAAGCAUCUCUUAUUGAUGAGAUUGUUGUAACAAACACAAUCCCGCAUGAGUCACAAAAACUCCAGUGUCAUAAGAUAAAGACGGUAGACAUCAGUGUUUUGCUGUCAGAAGGUAUAAGGCGAAUUCACAACAAGGAGUCGAUGUCAUAUCUGUUCAAGAAUGUAACGCUUGAAGAUUAAAUUCCUGUUGUCUUCUAGCUGAUUUUUGGACAAUGCAGAUUUUGAAUCUGAUCAAAUAAGUUUGUUUUGCAUAAUUCAAGUUUAAAAGCACUUUAUUGUUGAUCUUACGUCUUCACUUAAGUUUUGACUUGUUAAUGACUUGAGACUUGUUAAUUAAUAUUCCCUCUGCUCAUACUUUAUCAUGAGCGAAUGUUCCUAGACACGUUUUGUUCACAGAACGAAUAACUUACGAAACCUUUAUGUUAACCUAUUGUUGAGCUAUCUUAAAUCCCUAUAUUGAAGUUUGAAGGAGGUAAUGUUUUUAGAACUCACUAAAAUCAAAACAUCAGAUUAAAAUUUUCAACCUUUUUGGUAAAUAAAUAAUUUUCAAUAGUUAUACCUCGGGUAUAUUACAGGUCAGGCAAAAAUUCACAAUCAAGCACUGCCCAAAAUUAAAGGGCUAUAACAUGCAGCUAAUUGGGGUUUUUCCCUAAGUUUCUGUACAGGUAGGCUUAUUUCACUGAAUAUGUCCUAAGUGAGAUUCGCAUCAUGCAAGAGAAGUCUAUUUGCAGGGGACUCAAAAAUUUUGUACUGGCUCUGACUUUAAAUGGAGUUAGAAGUGGUUUUUGUGUUUUAAUUUACUGGCAUCCAUGCCUUGGCCCUCUGCCACCUGUUAAAGUGCCCCUGUACAGAACAUGUAACCAGUCUGAAAAUGAAGCUCUUGUAUCUUGGAUCAAACUUAUCAAUGUGCAUGGAUACUGCUUGCAUAAGUUCAUCCAAGUGUCCAUUAAGUUGGAAAUUUUCUAUCUUAUAAGCUGAGUAAAAAAACCCCGAUAGGAGAGCAACAUUGGAAUCUUUUGAAGGCAGACGACUCAUGCUGUUUAAUUAAGCUCCAGAAUGAAAAGUUUUUUUGUUCCAGUCAGUACACUUCGUUUAGGAGCAAAUCAUUAUUUUACUAGCCUUAAUUUGCUCUGAUCGUCAGAGAAAAUCAAGCAGAGUUUUUCAACAGUCAAUUUUCUUCUAUAUUUGGUAAAUUGAUGGUAUAACUACCAAACGAUAAGUUUCAGAUAACUCAAUUUUUCCAGAGAGCAUAAAAACUGAGGAAAAACAAUAAUUGGUAAGAAUGGCUCUGACAAGAUGCUUUUCAGCCAAUUGUAAGCUUUCUGGAAAAUAAUUCCAACAGUUGGUCAAUAACAGAGAAAAUUUGAGAUGCUGUGCAUUAAGAACCAACACUUUAUCUGAAGGCACGUAGAAUGAAAGAUUAGGUUCUGUAAAUAAGUAAUUUACAGAAUUUAGUAAUUUACAGAUUUAGACGAAGUUAAGGCCCAAAAAAAAUUCGUGUAGAGCAACAAGCUUAAAAUUUACCCUGUAAAAUCCUCCGAUUUAUCUCACAAAGUUCCUUUUUACAAUACUGAGCUUUUAAUCCAACUUUACUCUCUAGAAAGUAUUUGCAAGGCAAAUGCAGCGCUGCAAUCAUAUCAGCAGUAAGAAGUAAUUACAUGACGCUCCUGUGAACCUCUUAUUUUCCUUGCAGUCUGAUAGAUUUAUACAGGUGCUGGAAAGAGGUAUGGGUUUUGUGAAUUAGUGUCCAGAUAAGAGGUACAUAUUUUAAUUAUGUACGUUUUUUGUGUAACCUCUCGAUUUUGACUGGGAGUAAAAUAUGUUGAUGGUAAGUCUACAAUCAAGAUACUAAGUCUGGUAGUUUUACCAUCAAAAUAUAGUCUUAGCUGACAAGAAAGGUCAAGCUUAGGCCUAAAAAAAGCGGGAAAAUUCUGGAAUCAAAAUUUUUACCUAAUUUUAAGUUUCUUUUUUUUUUCCUUUUUUGUUGGAUCUACUGGGCAAAAAAUGUAAAAGAAUAAUCAGACAACUUUAAAAGUUUAAUCUCAUUAUCUUACUCAGUAAGAUGUCAAAGUGGGCCAUUUCCUGAGUGGAGGACUUUAAUUAUCAUUCUCACCUGUUUUUGAGUAUUUGUCUUUAGAAAGACCCUCUAAAUAUUAGUCACUUCAAUAAAAACACUAGUUAUCUUGUCCUA